AAUACACAAAAGCACAAACAGAAAGAGUGGCUGAGUCACAGCAAUGACAGAGCAUUGAGUAAGGAUCAACAAACGUCUGUUAAGAAUGACUAAACAGAGCCAACGCCUGGCUCAGAGCAGCAGCAGCAGCCGCAGCAGCAGCAGCACCGUGGCUGCCAAGGAUUUCUCUGGCCAUCGUCUCUCCCUCUGGUCUACAGCAUGGGAAAUAUCUUUGCAAACCUCUUCAAGGGCCUUUUCGGCAAAAAAGAAAUGCGCAUUCUCAUGGUGGGCCUGGACGCUUCUGGAAAGACUACCAUCCUGUACAAACUGAAGCUGGGUGAGGUCGUGACCACCAUUCCCACGAUAGGUUUCAAUUUGGAGACUGUGGAGUAUAAGAACAUCAGCUUUGUCGUGUGGGACGUACACAGCCAGGACAAGAGCCGGAUUUUUUGGAGCCAAUACUGCCCAGGCAGACAUGGUCUCAUCUUUGUGGUUGACAGCACUGACCAUGAGCGCAUGGAUGAGGCCAGACAGGAGAUGAUGCGGAUGAUGACAGAGCUGAAGGAUGUUGUCCUGCUCGUGCUUGCAAACAAGCAGGACCUCCCCAAUGCCAUGAACACAGCUGAGAUCACAGACAAGCUGGGCCUGCACUCUCUGCACAACAGGAACUGGUACCUACAGGCCACCUCUGCCAUCACUGGGGCUGGGCUCUAUGAGGGACUGGACUGGCUGUCCAAUCAGUUCCAGAACCAGAACUGAGCCACACUCCUCUCUUCCCCCUCACUCCCUCCUUCACCCUUGCUUUCAUGUCCGUGUGGCAGAUGUACCUCUGUGGUGUGAGUGCCAGAAGCUGUCCCCAUGGUUGGUCUCCGUGUGCUUCCUCAUGCUGUGUAUGUGCAGAUGCAGCCUACACCCGGGUUUUUAUUUAAAUAGUUCUCGUUUCCAAUGAGGCAGUUUCUGGUACUCACAUGCAUUAUGCAACGGAGGCAGCCAAUCAGCCGAUCCAUGUUUCUCUUUCUCUCUCCAAAAAUCAAUAAGAACACAUAUUUGAAAAAUUGGAGCACUGCAGUAUUUUCUAAAAAUGAACUGAGCUGUCUUUCUCAUGGGAUUUUAGCUGACUAGAAGGACAAGAUUAAAUGGAAUAUUCUGGCAUCUGAAAAUAAAGAUUUGACACGGUA